AACAAAAGCCUCAAAAACAAACUCCUCUCAGGAAACAAGCUUUGUGGUAUUCAUGCAGAAGAGUCGAAAAAGAUCCAAGCCCAGCUGAAAGAGCUUCGUUAUGGGAAAAAGGACUUGAUUUUUAAGGCACAACAGCUAACAGAUCUGGAGCAAAAACUAGCAGUUGCAAAAGACGAAUUGGAAAAGGCAGCCCUUGACAAAGAGUCACAGCUGAAAGCGCUGAAGGAGACCGUGCAGCUUUGCCUGUCUUUGGUUCUGCACAAUCAGCCUCCCGCUACGAAUCUCAUCGCUUCAAAACCAGUGGAGAAGCUGACAUCCCCAGUUACAAAGGGCUCAAAAGUUCCGUUUCAAGUGACAAGCACCAAGCGAAAUGCCUCAGCAGAGAAAGAGAAUCUUCAUGUGGCCUCGAGAAAGGAAGAAAAUCAGAGCAUCCAGGAAUGCGAUUCUCAAGAUGUUGGCAAGACGUGUUCGGGGAAUCGCAAUAAUUCAACGUCUCAUUUGAAGACAGCAGAAGCAGAGAGAAGCCUUCAGCAAGUUUUGCACAGCCCUCCGUGGACUAAACUCGAAGAUAAAAAAUCACCUGAAAGAAAUGAGAAAAAAAUUGAAGAGUCUGUUAGUACAAAAGAAAAAAAACUCUGA